AUGGUCAUCGGCGUUUGGCGUCCUGCUCCUUACGCUUUGCGCCGUUCUACCGACGUCACUGAGCGAUCCAUCGCAUCAUAUAGGUGGCUCUUUCAAGGAUCCUCCGUCGACGACUCCUUUCAUCUAUGUACUGGGACAAACGUUAACCUUCGCCUUCUGGCCCGAGUCCUUCCUCAGGAAGCUCGUGUACGUUACAAGCGCAUCAUGUCAACUGACCUCAUAACUUCCUUGUCAUUCAUGUCCCUCCAUCUUCUCAUUGCCCUUCCACCCGUCUGUUCACAUUUCCUUUUCAGUCAGACUACUGUCUCUAAUGCGCCUUCCAGUGACAAACUCCACGGAGCCCCAGGGCAUAUCAGGUUGAUUGGGCGAGAGAUCUAUCUGGCCAUGCCAGGAAAGCAAAUCGAGGGCUUGUUCAGGAACUCUCAUGGAUUGGUACCGGCACCUAGUCUGUUCUACGCCAUGUCCGUAUUCUUUGGUCUAUCGGGGAAAGACCUUGAUAUGUUCAAUCAUGAUCGGAUCUCGAAAUACGAAGAGCAGGUGGACCUUACUACGAGCCACCCGGAUCCGUCUCGCCGCAUCAUGGAGCAUCAGAAGCAAGACUUCGCUUUCUAUCUGCAAAAGAACAACUUAGAGUCGGUCAUGAAGAGGUUCGUCGAUAACUUCGAAUCACAACUAUCCCAAGAUCCCCAAAUCGGCAAUGACUGGACUUACUUCCCCGACCUCUUCAACUUCAUGUCAGACCUCAUAUUCAAGGCUCAUCUCGAAGCAUUGUAUGGGCAGGAAAUUUUGAAGCUUUGCCCUACUUUCUGCCAGGACUUUUGGACCUUUUACAACAUGUUCCCGAUGCAUCAGAACUUUGACACCUGGCGAACAUGGUGUGACGACAAUUUUGACUGGAACAAUGAAGCCCUGCACGAUUCGGAGUACGAGCCUGUGUGGGGCACACAGUACGUCCGUAAGAUGGUCCAACGCCACCAAGAUUUGGGGCUGAGUAGGAAUGGUGUGGCUGCGGUGAUGUUAGGUUAUCUAUUCGUCACCGUUGCGAACACAAUCCCGGCCGCUUUGUGGAUGAUCCUACACAUCGUCCUUGACGAGGAUCUUCUCCAUCGAGUCCGCUCUGAACUCCUUGCCGACUGCCAUCCGCCCACUUCCCAGGGCCAGCUCAACAUCAAAUCACUUCUGGCAGACCCCUUAAUCAACUCCAUAUACCAUGAGACACUUAGGCUACGAGUCGCAAGCGCCGUGGGACGUACAGCGACCAACGACAGAAUCUGUCUGGCCGGGGGUUGGAAGGUCCGGAUGGGUGUUCCCAUCAUGUUUAUGGGAUGGCUCGCUGGUUUGGAUGAUGAUUUUUGGAACACGGGUCGGCGGCUUCCCGAUGGCGAGAUGCAGCGUCCUCUGGACGUUUUCUGGGCUGAAAGAUUUUUGACAUACCCAAGCGACCCUACCAGUGGUCCUGUAAAAAAAGAGCUGCGACCUAAACGCGCCUCCGCUAAGAGGCUCACGAGGCGUAGAGACACAGACGAUACACGACCAAAACUCGCCCUCGCGGGUCUUCGCGGUCACCACUUUCCUUUUGGGGGAGGGCAAUUUCGUUGCCCAGGCGAGUCCAUGGCAAAACAAAUCAUGUUUGUCUCGACCGCUAUGGUGUUGCAGAAAUUGCAAAUCGAUCUUGUGGAUCCAGCAAUGGCGAAAAAGACCAAGUCUAGACAUAAAGCAUUCCCGUUCGGCUCUCACACGUUUGACAGGGUAGUCCCUAUCAGAGUUCGCCGAUAUGUAUAG